AUGUCGUCACGAACAUUGGCUCUCUCCCGCCAUGUGGCUAGGAUUGGACAAGCACAUUCUUCACAGGUGCGGCUUUUGUCGAGCUCCCGAAGGCUUUUGAACAGCUCCGGGCUGGAUUCUUCAAGACAGCAGACAUGGAGAAAGUCUUCGCAGGUCGAGGCCGUUGCCCGGCAGUCAUCUCUGCGCCGCCAUCAGAGCACCUCGGCCCAGGCAUCCGGCAUCUGGGGUGAAGACGUGCUCCGUCAAAAGGACUUCCCCAAGAUCCACAGCCUCCAGGAGUUCAGUGACAGGCACAUUGGCCCCGAUGCGCAAGAGGAGGUGGAGAUGCUCAAGGCUCUAGACCCGCCAAUGGAGUCGAUGGACGCCUUUGUUGGAGAGGUCAUUCCCGAGGAUGUGCGGUUGAGCAAGCCGAUGGGCGUGUGGCGGAAGCAGACCGAGCAGGAAAUCUCGGCAAACAUCUCGGCCAAGUGCCGUGAUUCGCCACCGCCGUGCUUCAUCGGAAAGGGUUACUACAACACGCUGACCCCCGAGGUCAUCAAGCGGAACAUCCUCGAGAGCCCCGCCUGGUACACCAGCUACACGCCGUAUCAGGCCGAGGUGAGCCAGGGCCGCCUGGAAUCGCUGCUCAACUUCCAGACCAUGGUUUCGGACUUGACCGGGUUGCCCGUCGCCAACGCCAGUCUUUUGGACGAGGGUACUGCUGCGGCUGAGGCUAUGACACUCUCCAUCAACUCGCUUCCGUCGUCCCGGGUGAAGAGGCCCGGAAAGACGAUGCUCGUGGCCAGCUCGAUGAACCCCAUGACCAUCCAGGUCAUGGAGGGUCGCGCCGAGGGUUUCGAUGUCAAGAUCGAGAAGGUGGCAAUCCCUUCGCCCGAAUUUAAUGAGCGGUUGGAGCAGCUCGGUGACGACGUCGUGGGUGUCAUGGUUCAGUACCCUGAUGACCUUGGUGGACUGGCCGAUUACCGGGACGUGGCCAAGCGCGUGCACGACAAGGGAGCUCUGCUCAGCUGUGCUACGGAGCUCCUCGCUUUGACGCGGUUCACGCCGCCGGGCGAGUGGGGAGCCGACAUUGCCUUUGGAAGCUCGCAGAGGUUCGGAGUUCCCCUGGGUGGCGGUGGCCCGCACGCUGCCUUCUUUGCGGUUUCCGAGAAGCACAAGCGCAAGAUUCCCGGCCGUCUCGUCGGUCUGUCCAAGGACCGCCGGGGUGAGCGGGCACUCCGCUUGGCGCUGCAGACGCGUGAGCAGCACAUCCGGAGAGAGAAGGCGACCAGCAACGUCUGCACUGCCCAGGCGCUGCCCGCCAACGUGGCGGCCAUGUACGCCGUCUACCAUGGUCCCGAGGGACUGAAGGCUAUCGCCGAGAGCAUUGCGCGCAAGGCCAAGUACGUCCAGGCAGCUAUUGCGCAGCUCGGCUUCUCUGUGGCCGAGACCAAGGCUAUCGAUGGCGUGGUUGCUUGGGAUACCGUUGUUGUAGACAUGGGCUCCCCAGAGACGCUGCGGAAAUUCUUGGAGUCGACCAAGGACAAAUUCCAAGUGCGUGAGUUGACUACCCCCGGUCGCUUCUCCAUCACGGUCGACGAGUCGACAACGCAGGAGGACAUCGACUCGCUCCUGGGAGAGCUGUCCAGCUAUGCACCGAACAAGAGCGUCGGCCCGCAGCAGUUCAAGGAUAGCUUCUCCAAGGCUGUGUCGGUAGAGCUGCCCGGCCACUUCAAGCGAUCCUCCCCGUAUCUGCAACACCCAGUCUUCAACUCUCACCACUCGGAGACGGAGCUUCUGAGGUAUAUUUACCACCUCCAGUCCAAGGACCUCUCGCUGGUGCACUCGAUGAUCCCGUUGGGCUCGUGCACCAUGAAGCUCAACGGCUCAGUCGAGAUGACUACGCUUUCGAUGCCGGCCUGGUCGCAAUCCCACCCUGCAGCCAACGACCAGCAUGUGUGGGCCGACAUGCUCAGUUCCCUCAAGAGCAUGCUUGAGAAGGUGACGGGCAUGUCCGAGGUGACGCUGGAGCCCAACUCUGGCGCGCAAGGUGAAUUCGCCGGGCUGCGGGCAAUCCGGGCCUACCACAAGAGCCGAGGCGAGGGCAAGCGGGACAUCUGCCUGAUUCCCGUGUCGGCGCACGGUACCAACCCGGCGUCGGCCGCCAUGACGGGCAUGCGUGUGGUCCCCAUCAAGUGUGACGUCAAGACGGGCAACCUCGACGUGGAGGACCUGCAGGCCAAGUGUGAGAAGUACCGCGACGAGCUCGGCGCCAUUAUGGUGACGUACCCCAGCACCUUUGGUGUCUUCGAGCCGAGGAUCCGCGAGGUCUGCGACAUUGUGCACCGCCACGGCGGCCAGGUGUACAUGGACGGCGCCAACAUGAACGCCCAGGUCGGCCUGUGCUCGCCUGGCGACAUUGGUGCCGACGUCUGCCACUUGAACCUGCACAAGACCUUCUGCAUCCCGCACGGCGGUGGCGGUCCGGGCUCCGGUCCCGUCUGCGCCAAGAGCCAUUUGGGACCUUUCUUGCCAAACGCCCAAGUGCGCGAGGCCGAGACCAAGGCAGUUUCGCUCAGCGGUCCCAAGUCGGGCGAGGAGGCCUCGUCGUUUGCCGUCAGCUCUGCUCCCCACGGCAGUGCCUCCAUCCUGCCUAUCAGCUGGUCCUACAUGGCUCUCAUGGGCCCCGACGGACUCAAGAAGGCAACCGAGGUGGCCAUCCUCAACGCAAACUACCUGCUCGCGCGCCUCAAGCCGCACUACCCCAUUCUAUACACCAACGACAAGGGCCGCUGCGCGCACGAGUUCAUCCUGGACGCGCGGCCGUUCUCCAAGACGGCGGGCGUCGAGGCCAUCGACAUCGCCAAGCGUCUGCAGGACUACGGCUUCCACGCGCCGACCAUGAGCUGGCCCGUGGCCAACACCCUGAUGGUGGAGCCGACCGAGAGCGAGUCCAAGGCGGAGCUGGACCGGUUCGCCGACGCUCUCAUCAGCAUCCGCGCCGAGAUCCGGGAGAUCGAGGAGGGCAGGCAGCCCAAGACGGGCAACGUCCUCAAGAACAGCCCACACCCGCUCCACGACAUCAUCGGCGGCGACGGCAAUGCAGGCGCCGCCUGGGACAGGCCAUACACCCGCGAGCAGGCCGCCUACCCGCUCCCCUGGCUGCGGGAGAAGAAGUUUUGGCCUUCGGUUGCUCGUGUCGACGACACCUUUGGAGACCUGAACUUGUUUUGCACUUGCCCGCCUGUGGUGGACACAACGGGGGAUGCGAACUAA